AUGAGAUUAACUGCCCUUCUUUGUGUUGCUUCCUCUGCUUUCGCUGCCCCAACUUCCUUUUUGUGGGAGGGCUCUUCCAACACUUCUUCUGUAAAGGUGGAAACUACCUGGACUGAGAACUGGAAGACCACCUUCGAAAUCCACGACUCAUGCUCUCCGGUGGAAGCCAACCAAUUGAGACAGGCAUUUGAAGAAACUGAGCUUUUAGCUUACCACGCUAAACUCCAUACUCUUCGCAAUGGUAACUCAUCCGAGUUCUACAGAAAGUACUUUGGUAAUGCUCCCAUUGGUGAAGUAGUUGGCAAUUUCGAAGGAGUGGUUUCCGCAAACACCACUGGAAUCUUGUUCCGCUGUGAUGAUCCAGAUGACAAGUGUAGUCAAGACGGCUGGGCAGGUUACUGGAGAGGUGCCAACCACAGUGAUGAGACCAACAUUUGCCCUCUUUCAUACAAGAGCAGAUUGUGGUUGUCCCAGUUAUGUUCUCAGAAUUUCACUGUCGCUGAGUCUAAGAAUUCCUUGAUCUUUGCUGCUGACUUACUCCAUAGAUUGUGGCACACUGACAAGUUGGGUCAGAGGGUCAUUGGCCACUAUGCUGAUACCUAUGAGGAGUGUUUGGAGUUGGCCAAGAAGAACGAAUCCCUUGCUGUUCGUAACUCGGCUACAUUGAGAUUGUACGCCUUGGACGUCUACGCCUACGACAUCGCUGUACCAGGCAAGGGAUGCACAAAGCCUGACAAGGAGACCAAGCCUGACAAGGAAAGCAAAUCGGCGUCCAAUACUAGCCUGACUCAAAAGGCGACUGCCACUGCUAACGACAAGUCAUGCCACACCCAUGCCGACGGUGAGGUACACUGCGAAUAG